AUGGAAGAGCCCAAAACCGGCCUCGUGCUGGGCUACAACGGCGCCCACCCCUUCUCCAAAGUGAGACUCUCCGACAGAGCGUCGGUGCAAGAGCUCCUCCGGACUCUCCUCGACCCGCUUGAGCCCUUCUUCUCCCCGCAAAAGGCCCGCGUCAAGUGUCCCGGCGGAACGGCCGUCAGGUUCGACCAGGCCGCUGCCGAAGUUGAGGGUAUCUGUCGCCCACUAUGGGGUCUCGCAUGUCUCCUGGCUGGCGGAGGCGACUAUCGUGGCACCGAGUGGUGGAUUCAGGGUAUCAAGUCUGGAACUGACCCAGAGAACCCUGAGUACUGGGGGUACCCGAGAGACAAUGAUCAGCGCAUGGUUGAAAUGUGCCCUUUUGGCUUCUCACUUGCAGUCGCACCCGUCAUAUGGGAUAGUCUCUCCGAAAAGGAACGGGGCAACGUAGAGAAUUGGCUCGGAAACUCGAUCAACGAGAAAAACAUGCCAAACACCAAUUGGCUCUGGUUCCGCGUCUUCGCCAAUCUAGGCCUCAAGAAGAACGGCGGAAAGUUCUCCCAAGAACGUCUCGACGCCGACAUUGAGCAUCUCAACACAUUCUACCGAGGCGGCGGCUGGUCCAACGAUGGCCCCGAGGGCAUUCACAUGAUGGACUACUACUCCUCCAGCUUCGCCAUCCAGUUUCUCCAGCUCUUAUACGCGAGGCUCGCCGGCGAGGACGAGCCCGAGCGAGCUGCCGAGUUCCGACGGCGGGCACAGCAGGUUGCGCUGGACCUCGUGCACUACUUUGACGAGGAGGGCCGCGCAAUUCCCUUCGGUCGCAGUGUAGGAUACCGUUUUGCCAUGGUGUCGUUCUGGGGCGCACUCGCUUAUGCCGGUGUCGAGCUGCCUGCGCCCUUGACUUGGGGUAUGGUGAAGGGCAUCGUGAUGCGGCAUUUGAGGUGGUGGCAGACACAGCACAACAUGUGGACGCCAAGCGGAACACUGUCCAUUGGCUAUUCGUACCCGAAUAUGUACAUGGCAGAGAACUACAACAGUCCCGGAAGCCCGUACUGGGCCUGCCUCGCCUUCAUCUGCCUAGCCGUCCCCGAAGACCACCCUUUCUGGACCUCUGAAGAGGAACAGGCAUGGCCGGUUAUCCCCAAGAUUAAGCCCCUCGAGCAGCCCGGCCAUAUCAUGAGCAACAUUGGUGGACACUGCAUGCUGCUUUCCUCCGGUCAAGCCUGCAGCUACCCCAUGAAGGGCACACACUCGAAGUACGGCGGCUUCGCGUACUCCAGUUCAUACGCAUACUCCGUUCCGCCAGGUCUCUUCUCGCUGGAGCAGUAUGCCUUGGCCUCGCAGCUGGGGUUGUCAGACGACGGGGGUGAAUACUGGAAAACCCGACGACGCUCAGAGUAUGCCGGCAUCGAAACCAGAGAUGACAAGCCGGUACUCGUAUCCGCCUGGAAGCCUUUCCCCGAUGUUGAAAUCAAGAGUAUACUCGUUCCUCCGGAAGAAGCGACUCCGAACUGGCAUCUCCGCAUCCAUCAUAUCAAGGCCGGCCGCGACGUCAUGACAGCCGAUGGCUCCUUUGCCAUCUGUAACGAGAACUCGACAAACGGGCGUUACCUCGAUCUCUACGAUGCGAAGACUUACGAGGGAACAUCUCCCAAAAUCAUUGGAAAUUACGAUACGAACACACCAGAAGGCCUGGCCAAGGGCAGUGACGGCUCGUUUGCAGUGUCCAAGGGCGCUGUUGGCAUUAAAUCUCUAGAGAGCUCUAUCGAGCGGACAGCUAACCUCGUCAACGCGGAUCCCAACUCGAACCUGGUCGAGAACCGCACGACCAUUCCAACGCUGCAACAUACUAUCAAGAAGGGCGAGUCGGUCUGGUAUGUUACGGCCAUUUAUGCGAAGCCAAGUGGGCCCAAGGAGGCAUUCCUCGACGGGUGGGAGAAGCCUCCUGCUAUCCCCUCAUGGCUUGAGGCGGAGAUGAAAGCAUGA